ACGUGUUUUCCAACAUGUCUGCCUACUCUGCUCUUGUGUGUUGAGAUGUCCUGAGCUCCGUUGAACAGUAGUUUGAUUCUGUUUUGUUUCGUAAUCUACACAGCAAAGCUGCCGAACGAAGUCUUAAAAGAGCCUUAAAGCUUCAGGAUGGCGCAGAAAAAGAAGAAACUGACGAAGAAGAAGAGACACACAGCUAACAGAGAGGCGGAGGCUGACUCUGACAGCGGAGACUUUGAGCUGGCUGCGGAAGUGAAAGACGAUGAUUCUCCAGGGAGGAAACUGCCGCGGUUCCCUGCCUCAUCAGACUGCCUGUCAGAUGUGGAGCCUGAUACCAGGCAGCUGGUCAGAGCCCAAAACAAGAAGAAAAAGAAGUCUGGAGGCUUUCAGUCCAUGGGUCUCAGUUACCCUGUAUAUAAAGGCAUCAUGAAGAAGGGUUAUAAAGUCCCUACUCCGAUCCAAAGAAAGACUAUCCCAGUGAUUCUGGAUGGCAAAGACAUGGUCGCCAUGGCUAGGACCGGCAGUGGUAAGACAGCUGCCUUCCUGGUGCCCAUGUUUGAGAAGCUGAAGGCCCCUCAAGCCCAGACAGGAGCCAGGGCGCUCAUCCUGACCCCUACCAGAGAGCUGGCCCUGCAGACCAUGAAGUUCACCAAAGAGUUGGGAAAAUUCACCGGCCUCAAGACUGCCUUGAUCCUGGGUGGAGACAGAAUGGAUGAUCAGUUUGCUGCCCUUCAUGAAAACCCUGACAUAAUCAUCGGCACCCCUGGUCGUCUCAUGCACGUUAUCAAGGAGAUGAACCUGAAGCUGCAAAAUGUGGAGUACGUGGUGUUUGACGAGGCUGACAGGCUGUUUGAAAUGGGUUUCGCCGAGCAGCUUCAGGAGAUCAUCCGGAGGCUUCCAGACGUCAGACAGACUCUGCUGUUCUCGGCCACUCUGCCCAAACUGCUGGUGGAGUUCGCCAGAGCUGGUCUGACUGAACCAGUGUUGAUUCGUUUGGAUGUGGAUUCUAAGCUCAGUGACCAGAUAAAGUUGUCAUUUUUCCACCUGCGUGUGGAUGACAAGUCGGCACUGCUGCUUCAUCUGCUGAGGAACGUAGUGAAGCCUCAGGAGCAGACUGUGGUUUUUGCAGCCACCAAACACCAUGUGGAGUACCUAAAGGAGCUGCUGGCUUCAGAAGGCGUGGAGUGUGCCUACAUCUACAGUUCCCUUGAUCAGACUGCCAGGAAGAUCAACAUCGGGAAAUUUGUGCAUCGGAAGGCCAUGGUGCUAAUUGUGACUGAUGUUGCUGCUCGUGGUAUAGACAUCCCCCUGCUGGACAACGUCAUCAACUACAACUUCCCCUCUAAGGCCAAGCUGUUCCUGCACAGAGUUGGCCGUGUGGGACGUGCUGGGCGCAGCGGCACAGCCUACAGUAUGAUUUGUCAAGAUGAGAUGCCUCUUGUCUACGACCUUCACCUCUUCCUCGGAAGGCCUGUACAGUUCGCCACACCUGAACACACACAAGAUUCAGAGGGCGUGUUUGGUCGGGUCCCUCAGAGCAUCUUGGACGACCAAAGUACCCAUCUGAUCGCAGCUCACGAAAACUCCCAGGACCUGCAGAACCUGCAUCGAGUCUCAGAGAAUGCCUACAAGCAGUAUCUGAAGUCUCGACCAAACCCCUCACCUGAGUCCAUCAGAAGGGUCAAAAGCACAGAUGUGUCCAGCAUGGCUGUCCAUCCCUUACUAGGGUCAGGCAUGGAGAAAAUGGAACUGGAGCGCCUUCAGAUAGUUGAUGCCAUCAAAGGCUACAAAUCCAAAUCAACUAUCUUUGAAAUCAACUCUAGCAGUAAGACACAGGCCAGCGAGGUGAUGCGGACCAAACGCUCCAAAGACACGCGGCUGGUGGACAAAUUCAACAAACAGAGAGACAGCCUGUCUGCAGAAAGCCAGCUGCAGAGGUCCACCAACCCCACCACCGCCGACAACGAUGAUUUCACAUCCUCCACAGGCCAAGAGGAAGAAGAUCUAAAGGGGGUGUUCUCUGCUGUGGUAGGUGGCAAAAGGAGAGGCCGCCAGGAAGAUGGGGAAGAAUGGCCGAAGAAAAAGAGAAGCAAACAGUUAGGCAAAGAUGAAGAGUAUUAUAUCCCCUACAGACCCAAAGACUUCAACUCUGAGAGAGGGUUAAGUCUCAGCGGAGAGGGCACUGCCUUUGAGCAGCAGGCCUCCUCGGCUGUCCUGGACCUCAUGGGAGAUGAGGGAGACCGGCUGAACCAGCACAAAAACAUGAUGAAAUGGGAUCGUAAGAGGAAGCGCUUUGUGAGAGAAACAGGAAAGGAGGACCAGAAGAAGAAGAUCAGAACAGAUGGUGGUCAGGUCAUCGAGAACAAGAAGAACAGGAAGAACUUUUACGAGGAGUGGAAGAAAAAAUACAGGGUGGAUGACGCAGGGUCUGGCUCAGAUGGAGAAACAGGAGGAGGACGGAGGAGGCCAUCAGGAGGUCGUGGCCGUGGUCGGCGAGGUCUUAACGCCAAGAGCCCUAACUUCCAGAGGCCUGUGGGGCAGCAGAAGUCGCCCGGUGGCCGCAGAGUUCGCUCAGAGCUGAAGACGAACGAGCAGAUCCUGAAGCAGCGCAAAAAACGGCAGAAGCAACAGUUCCUGCAGAGUGGAGGCAUGAAGAAACUCCGUGCCAAGAACAAACAGUUCCUCGGAGAGGUUAAGAAGUCUGGCUUUGGACGGGGUGGUCAGAAGAAGGGUAAGAUGAGGAAGAAGCUCUGAGGAGGAUGCAGAGGGAGAACUGUCAGGGACGGACGACGGUUUGAGAUGGAGAGCACCAUGAGAGACCGAAUGGUGACUGCUGUCAUCUUCCCAAACCACCUUAAAUAACUGAAGCAGUCUUUCAUGAUUGUGGAUUAAAGGAGUUGAGGAAAGCAUUUCUAGACCGUAGAGAUGAAGUUCACCUUUUUGCAUCAUCACCUACUGAACUCUAAAGUUGAUACAGAGUAUGUAUAAGAAUGAUCCAGUGUUCUGGAUUUCUGUUGGCAGUGACUGAGAUACGUCUAUACACAUUAAUAACUGUUGGCAAAAUACAGAUAUGAAUGAGUCAGUGUUCUGUGUCAUCUUCAUUUGCAUUCAGUUACAGUUUGACAACAGUUUGUGUUUGUGAUGUGUGGGCUGGUACAUUUAUUUGGCAAAGUGUGUCUUUCAUGCACAAUUCUUGUAUGGCCCAUUUUACCACAAUUAAUCCUAUUAAAGAGGUACUACAUUUAAACAACCACAUCUUUCAAACUCCAUAUUCCAGUUUGUG